UGAUUAUUCUAAACUGUAAUCACCAACCAAUCAAACCACCGGAAAACUCACCGUGACGAUGCGAUUUGUCUCCGGCGUAGUAAUUGUUCUUCUCUUAGCUCUAUGCUGCGUCGUUUCAUGUAGCCGAAAUAUCGGCGACGAUGUUAUCCGGUUGCCGUCGGAAGCUUCUAGAUUCUUCCGUAAAAAUAAUGACGAUGAUUCUACGACCGGGACUAGAUGGGCGGUUUUGAUUGCUGGAUCUAACGGUUACUGGAAUUACCGGCACCAGGCUGAUGUUUGUCAUGCCUAUCAACUCCUGAAGAAAGGCGGUUUAAAGGAUGAAAAUAUAAUUGUUUUCAUGUAUGAUGAUAUUGCUGAUAAUGAAGAGAAUCCAAGGAAAGGAAUCAUCAUUAACAGUCCCAACGGUGAAGAUGUUUACAAAGGUGUUCCAAAGGAUUACACUGGCGAAGAUGUCAAUGUCAAUAAUUUUUUUGCUGCUAUCCUUGGAAACAAAACGGCUCUUACGGGUGGCAGCGGGAAAGUUGUCGAUAGUGGUCCCAACGAUCAUAUUUUCAUAUAUUACACUGAUCAUGGAGGUCCUGGAGUGCUAGGGAUGCCUACCAAUCCUUACCUAUACGCUAAUGAUCUGAAUGACGUCUUAAAAAAGAAGCAUGCUUCUGGGACCUAUAAAAGCUUGGUGUUCUAUCUUGAAGCUUGUGAAUCUGGGAGUGUUUUUGAGGGCCUUCUUCCUGAAGGCCUGAAUAUUUAUGCAACUACAGCGUCAAACGCUGUAGAGAGCAGUUGGGGAACUUACUGCCCUGGAGAGAAUCCUAGUCCACCCCCAGAAUAUGAAACCUGUUUGGGUGACCUGUAUAGUAUUGCUUGGAUGGAGGAUAGCGAUGUACACAAUUUGCGGACAGAAUCUUUGCACCAACAAUAUGAACUGGUUAAAAGGAGGACCUUACCAGAUAAUUCUGCUUAUGGGUCUCAUGUCAUGCAAUUUGGUGACGUAGGACUUAACAAAGAAUCACUCUUCAUGUAUAUGGGCACCAAUCCAGCUAAUGAUAACUCCAGUUUUGUGGAUGAGAACUCCUUGAGGCUACCUGCAAAAGCUGUUAACCAGCGUGAUGCUGAUCUUGUUCAUUUCUGGGAUAAGUACCGCAAAGCCCCAGAGGGCUCUCCUAGGAAGGUUGAAGCACAGAAGCAGGUUGUUGAAGCAAUGUCUCACCGAAUGCAUGUAGACCACAGCGUGAAACUGAUCGGGAAGCUCCUAUUCGGACUUAAAAAGGCAUCAGAGGUGCUGAGCGCUGUUCGUCCUGCUGGGAAACCACUUGUUGAUGACUGGGAUUGCCUUAAAAAUUUGGUAAGGACCUUUGAGACACAUUGCGGAUCCAUAUCCCAGUACGGUAUGAAACACAUGCGUUCUUUUGCAAACCUUUGCAACGCUGGAAUUCGCGAGGAACAGAUGACCGAAGCAUCAGCACAAACUUGUGCCACAUUUCCAUCUGGUACAUGGAGCUCUCUUCACAAGGGGUUUAGUGCAUGAUUGAAUAAAGUCUGAUAUUUAUAGUAAUAAUAUUUCAGUACUUUGCUUUUAGAUACAGUUGUACUGUAUUUUGAUGAUUGUCAUCGUCAUUGCUUCCAUGUAAAUAAGAAUUAGAAUCGCAUCUACCAGAUUGCAUUGUAACAUAAACAUGUCUUCUGAAUAUAAGAAUGUAUGUUCCGACCUGUUUUAUAAA